AUGGCAAUCCGCUACCCGAUGGCCGUGGGCCUCAAGAAAGGCCACCCAGUCACAAAAAACGUCACUGCCCCGAAACACAGCCGUCGACGUGGGCGUCUGACCAAGCACAGCAAGUUUGUGCGAGACAUGAUCCGCGAGGUGUGCGGCUUCGCUCCCUACGAGAGGCGGGCCAUGGAGUUGCUUAAAGUGUCCAAAGACAAGAGGGCGCUUAAGUUCAUCAAGAAAAGGAUUGGCACCCACAUCCGGGCAAAGAGAAAGCGCGAGGAGCUGAGCAACGUACUGGCCGCCAUGAGGAAAGCCGCCGCCAAGAAGGACUAA